UGUACACGAUCAAAAGCUCACCUUGAGGUUGAGGUGCCCUUUGACUUAUCCAUUGGAACCGCAAAACUUUAUACAAUAAAGUAAAUUUUUUUCGGACGAAAAUAUAAACUGUCAAAUUCUACGCCAGCCUGAGCCAAGAGCUUAGAGGAUGGAAAAAAAUAAAAGAAGCCAACCAAGAGCCAGACUGCUCUCGGACGGGAAGAGGUUAUAAAUUAAACAUCAAUCGCGUCGACAGAAAGAAUUAAAGAAAAUUAUAACGGAGAUUACAUUAAAAUAUUUGUGACAAAAUCUUACUGUUAAAUACAAAAUGCCGUUCAUGAAAGGGAGAGCACCUAUACGACGAACGCUCAAUUAUUUAAAUGCAGGAAAACUAGUCCUGAAAGAUAAAAUUAAAAUAUUCUCAGUGGCGUACAACAUUAAUGGGCAAAACAAUACUGGAGCAAAAGAGUUCGUUUUCUGGUAUUUACCACAAAUUCAGUACAAAAACCCAGAUGUUCAAGUGGCAACGCUGAAGAACUUGACACCUUCUCCUUUUAUAAAGUGUUACUUCGAAGAUGGAAGGCAAAUUUUGGUUGAUAUAGACAACAAGUCCAAAGAAGAUAUUUUGGAGCAUUUGUUGCGUACAGUUGGUAAAUCUAAGGAAGUUUUGGAAGCCGAGGCUAUUAUGGCUGAAAAGAAGGAUAACCCAGCGAAUUUCGGAGCAGGUUGUGAACGACCAUGUAUUUGUGAAGUGUAUGGACAAGUGCCUUGUCCUGGUGUAGUGCCUUUGCCAAGGUUUAUGAGAGGAAAAUAUAAGAAUGCCGAAAGUUAGGAUAUUUAUUUAUUGAAUGUAAAUUGAUUUUUAUAGUUGUUAGUAAUGUUCUACCUACUUCAGGUUAGAAUAUUCCACACAUGUAACCAAAUACUGUCAUAACUAAAAAAUUAUGCAAUUGAGAAAACACGAUUUGAAAAAAAAAACAAUCUUAUUGUGAAUAAUGGGAUUAUUUUUAAUUAUCUAUCAGCUAUCCACUUAUAAACAAGAAUAUAAAUUUAUUGGUUCCUGAACUUUCAAAUUGUGUUUUCUCAUUUCGAUCAUUUUUGAGUCACAACGGUAUUUGAUUUCAUGUGCGAUUUAUUGUUGUAGAUUGAUUUUUUUAAGAUGUCAGUAAUGUUCAGGCCUAAGAUCUAAAGCAAACAGCAUUUUGAUUGUAACAUACACAUUGAUGAUGAAAUGAUAAUAUCUACUAACACACCACUUAUUCCCCGUUGUUAAACACAUAGCUGUACAAGAAUUGAAAAUAAAAAUAAAAAAAAAAUAGUCUAGAUUUGGAAAGUAAUUUAAAAAUGGAAAACUACAUACUUUUUUUCAAUUAUUCCUAUUAGAGAUGGGGAAAAACAGCUUAUUUUUAUAAACGUUAAAAUGUAGUUCUUUUCUUAAAAAGCAUGCUUUUUAAAUUGCCUUUUCCUUAAACGCUUGUUAGUUUGAAGCUUACAAAAUUGUUUAGAAAACAACAAAAGUAGUAUAGACAUUUAUGUUAAAAAAAUCUUGCAACAUUGUGUUGAAAAGCAAGACUAGACCACCAAAGGUUUUAAGAUACAAGAGUCUGUUUCUUAGGAGCCUUAUUUUAAAAAAAACAUGCUCUUAGGAGCAUUCUAACUUUAAAUCCUAAGUAUUCGUAUUUGCUUUAUUGACAAUGACCGAAAACAUGUUGGAAGAAGA